AUGGAGUACCCCGAAAGCCAUGCGAAUGCCUUGGAAGAUACAAUGAGGAAGGAUCAAUCUGAUUUAUUUAAGGAACAAGCAGAUCUACUCCAUCAACUCAUUACUCAAUUGAGCCCUAAAAUUUUGAAGUCUAAAGGGGUCCCGGUUUAUCGAGCUUCUCAGUGUUGUGGAGAGUUUAUUGUUACUUUUCCAAGGGCAUAUCAUGUGGGAUUCUGUUGUGGUUUUAACUGUGUGGAGGUUGUCAAUGUGGUGCCUGUUGAUUGGCUGGAACAUGGACAAGGUGUAGUCGAGGUGUACAGUCAGCAAAGACGCAAAACAUCAAUAUCUCAUGAUAAGUUUUUAUUAGCAGCAGCUAGAGAAGGGAUUAGGGCUUUAUGGGAAGUUUCAUUUUUGAAUAAAGAAACUUCCGAGAAUUUAUAUUGGAAACAUGUUUGUGGGAAGAAUGGGAUACUCACCAAUGCUGUCAAGAUAAAAAAAAAACUUUAUUUAUUUAUUUAA